AUGGCGGAAAAGUUGAGUAUGUUACAAGAGGACGAUGAUGUUCCAAAUCGUACCCAGAAAAAAUUGUGUCAGUCGUGUUUAAAUAAGGAUAAUAAGACUGUAGCUGAUACGUUUUGUUCAACUUGCAACGAGUUCCAGUGUACCGAUUGUUCGAAUGUACACAACGUACUUUCUGUCCUUAGAACUCACAAAUUAGUGAAUGCAAAUGAAGCUGUAACGAAACAAGACUCGUUUGAUAUGAAAGGAUUAGACCGAUGUAAUCAACAUAAAAAGAUUAUAAAAUUCUUUUGCGAAGAAGAAAAUCAGCUAUGUUGUAGUACCUGCGCUAUAGUUGACCAUCGUAAAUGUGACAGUGUUGUAGAAGUUCAGAAGCUUGCUGGAAAAUUGAUGUCUCCAAAUUCAUUGGUAAAAGAAAAAUUGCUGGCUUCAAAAGGAAUGGCUGAGGGCAUCAUCAAACAAAUCAUGUCUUCAAAAACAAAAUUAGAUGAAGACGUGAAUAAAAUUCCAGAAACAAUUAACCAAGUGCGAGAUGAAGUAAUUCGAAUGUUUGUCGAUUUGGACGUUUCAAUCGCUAAAAGAGCGAAAUCUUUUCAAGAAGAAACACUUGCAAAACGUACAAUAAAACAGUCGCAAACAGAGAGCUACUUAUCUGGUGUAACAACUUGUUUGGAAACAAUUGAUAGCGUUUAUAGAAAUGGAAGUUUAGCGCAACAAUUAAUUGUAGAAAAGAAAAUGGACAAUGAUGCCACUACUCUAUACAGAAACGUGAAUGAG